AUGGAGAUCUUUCAGACUGCAUCGAUAAUAAAACGUUCCCUUGAAGUAUGGGGUAGUGAGGAAGCUCUGCAAGAAGCAAAAGAAGCACGGCAAGAGAACAGAGAGAAGAUGAAACAAAAGAAGUUUGACAAAAAAGUCAAAGAUCUUCGUCGAGCUGUGAGAAGCAGCCUAUGGAAGAAGGAAUCAGCUCUUCACCAACAUGAGUAUGGUCCUGAAGAACAACAUGAGGAGGAGGAGGAUAUGUACAAGAAGACAUGUGCCACAUGUGGCCAUCAGUUAGUCUAUGAAAAAAUGUAAUUGAUUUGAUUUUAUGCUUCGCUUGUUGUAUAAUGAUUCAGCACUUCAAUAAAUGUAUAGGUUGAUUUUUUUUAAUAAAUUGAGCAUUUCUGUACA